GGAGGGGGCGGCCCGGAUCCCGGUGCGGGCGCGGCCGGCGGCCCCUCCCGUCGCCAUGGCGGCGCCUUAAACAGGCGGCGGCCGCCGUUCCCCCCCCGCCUCACAGCGCGGCGCCGGGAGCCCCAUGGCCGGGAGCGAGGAGAUGGCCUCCCUGGAAGAGAGCUUCCGCAAGUUCGCCAUCUACGGCGACACCAAGGCCACGGGGCAAGAAAUGAACGGGAAGAACUGGGCCAAGCUGUGCAAAGACUGCAAAGUCACUGAUGGCAAAAGCGUCACCAGCACCGACGUGGACAUUGUCUUCUCCAAAGUGAAGGGGAAGACAGCCCGUGUCAUCAACUACGAGGAGUUCAAGAAGGCGCUGGAGGAGCUGGCCCCCAAGAGGUUUAAGGACAAGAGCAAAGAAGAGGCGUACGAAGCCAUCUGCCAGCUGGUGGCAGGGAAGGAGCCCAUCAACGUGGGCGUCACGAAAGCCAAGACGGUGGGGGCCGUGGAGAGGCUGACAGACACCUCCAAGUACACGGGGUCCCACAAGGAGCGCUUCGACGAGAGCGGCAAGGGCAAGGGCAAGAGCGGGCGGGAGAACAUCGUGGACACCAGCGGCUACGUCAGUGCCUACAAGAACGCGGGCACCUAUGACGCCAAAGUGAAGAAGUAGGGGAGGGGGUGCCUGCGGCGCCCACCGCCCCCCCACCCCCGGUCCCUGCGUGUCGGCCGUGGGGCCGGCGCUCCGCGUCAGCCUUGGGACAUGCCCGUCUGGACGUGGGGCCCGGGAGGCUGCGCUGGGACCAGCCCCGGGCUGGCGGGAUGUCGCCCGCCCAGCGCUGAUGUGAUUGAGAAGUCGCCGAGCCACGUGCUCCGUCCCGGCGCUACGUCUGUGUGUGUGUGUGUAUGUGUCUCCCUCCUCCCUGUGCUGUGACCC